AUGCAAGUUAAAAAUAAAGUCAAAUUGAAAGACAAGAAUGUUGCAAUAACCUUGGUUCCAGAAGAUUCUGAGGAUUUAUGGUACUUGUACAACUUACUCAAGAAGGGAGACACUGUGCAAUUAGUUACUCACCGGAAUGUCAAGAAGGGAAACCAAGCUCAAAUCACAAAGGGGAAGAGCAAAAUGGAAAAGAUCGUGGUUAGAUUGAAGUUGCUAGUAGAAGACAUAGACUACAUUGCCUCUGAUCAAACAAUGAGGAUUAAUGGUAAAUCUUUGGUGCAACAGGAAUAUAUCCCUUUAAACAGUUUCCACACUGCUGAGGUAGAAUUGAAUAAAGAAUUGACUAUUUUGAAAGAUAAUUGGGAUGAAUAUGAUAUGACGCUAUUGAAUGAGCUAUGCUCUAUUGAGAAUAAAGCUGAUAUAGGUGCAGUUGUUUUCCAAGAAGGUGUAGCACAUAUUUGUUAUGUGGCUGAUUCGAUGACAGUUCUAAAAGCAAAAGUUGAAAAGUCUAUCCCACGAAAAAAUAACGAAUACGGUACUAGAGAUUUGGAAAAGGCAAUGAAUUCAUUUUUCAAUAUGAUCAUAUCGAGCAUGACUAGACAUUUUGAUUUUGAAAAAUUGAAAGUUGUUAUAUUAGCAUCACCCGGGUUUUUAGCGAAAACCUUAUAUGACCGAUUGAUACAGGAGUGCUUAAACUUGCAAAAUUCAGGGAAAGAAAGCAAAGUCUAUUCCAGUAUAUUGAAAAACAAGGGUAAAUUUUUAAUAGCACAUGCAUCCACAGGUUAUUUGCAAGGUCUAGAGGAGGUGUUGAAUGAUCCUCAAACAAAGAAGAGAUUAGCAGACACUAAAUUCUUGGAGGAACUGGAGGCAUUACAGCGUUUCCAAAGAGCUUUGAAUGAUGACGAUGGAAGAGCGUGGUAUGGGUUGGACGAAAUCACCAAGGCAUUAAAUAUGGAUGCAGUGAGGUAUCUUAUGGUGUCUGAUGCGUUGUUUAGAAGCGAUGAUAUUGAAGAGAGAAGACAUUACAUUGAUCUUACUGAGCAAGCUAAAAACUUGGGUGCCAAAGUGUACAUCUUUUCAAGUCUACAUGAAUCUGGUGAACAAUUGAAUCAGUUAACAGGUAUUGCUGCUUUGUUGAAAUAUCCGGUUCCAGAUCUUGAUGAAAGUGAUGAAGAAGACUAG